CAACGGCGACCGUUCUUGCGCCCCGCGCGCUCCCCGGCUGUCUCCGGUCGCCAUCGCCGCUCGUCUCGCCACCCCGGGCGCGCAGGCUACUGAAGCAAUAGGCUGUUGGUUUUUGAUCCCGCCCAGAACACUUCAGUUUUGCUCUGCAAGGAUAUAUAAUACUGGUUGUAUCUACCAGUCAAAGAAUAAAAAGUAAUGGAGACUGAACAGCAAGAGGAGACCUUCACCAACACAGAGACAAAUGACCUGUCUACAGGCAAACGUCCUGCAGAAGACAUGGAAGAAGAACAGGCCUUCAAAAGAUCUCGGAACACUGAUGAAAUGGUCGAAUUGCGCAUCCUGCUUCAGAGCAAAAAUGCUGGAGCAGUGAUUGGAAAAGGUGGCAAAAAUAUUAAGGCACUUCGUACAGACUACAAUGCCAGUGUUUCAGUCCCAGACAGCAGUGGCCCCGAGCGCAUAUUGAGUAUAAGCGCGGAUAUAGAGACGAUUGGAGAAAUUUUGAAGAAAAUUAUACCUACUUUAGAAGAGGGGUUUUCUAUGAACAUUUACCAACAGUACCAACACUACAAAGGAAGCGACUUUGAUUGUGAAUUAAGACUACUCAUUCACCAGAGUUUGGCAGGAGGAAUUAUUGGUGUCAAGGGAGCUAAAAUCAAAGAACUUCGAGAGAACACUCAGACCACCAUUAAACUCUUUCAAGAGUGUUGUCCUCAUUCAACUGACAGAGUGGUGCUUAUUGGUGGGAAGCCUGACAGAGUUGUGGAAUGUAUCAAGAUUAUCCUGGAUCUUAUUUCAGAGUCUCCAAUCAAAGGUCGGGCACAGCCCUAUGAUCCCAACUUCUAUGAUGAGACCUAUGAUUAUGGCGGCUUCACAAUGAUGUUUGAUGAUAGAAGGGGGCGCCCUGUAGGGUUUCCAAUGCGUGGAAGAGGAGGAUUUGAUAGAAUGCCUCCAGGUCGUGGUGGGCGCCCAAUGCCUCCAUCAAGAAGAGAUUAUGAUGACAUGAGCCCUCGUAGAGGACCCCCUCCACCACCUCCAGGUCGUGGUGGCAGAGGUGGCAGCAGAGCUCGUAAUCUUCCUCUCCCCCCUCCUCCUCCUCCUCGUGGCGGUGAUCUGAUGUCUUAUGACCGGAGGGGAAGACCUGGUGACCGUUAUGAUGGAAUGAUGAUGCAGUGUCAUGUGGAUGCUUGUGAUGACAUGCAGCCACCAGAGCUGUUCGAGGGUGGGUCUGGAUAUGACUAUUCUUAUGCAGGGGGCCGUGGUUCAUAUGGUGAUCUGGGUGGACCCAUCAUCACGACCCAAGUAACAAUUCCCAAAGAUUUGGCUGGAUCUAUCAUUGGCAAAGGAGGCCAAAGGAUCAAACAGAUACGUCAUGAAUCAGGAGCUUCAAUCAAAAUUGAUGAACCUUUGGAAGGCUCAGAAGACCGGAUAAUAACCAUCACAGGCACACAGGACCAGAUACAGAAUGCACAGUAUUUACUGCAGAACAGUGUGAAGCAGUAUGCAGAUGUUGAAGGAUUCUAAUGCAAGAUUAUUUUUUCUUUUUUAUAGUGUGAAGCAGUAUUCUGGAAAGUUUUUCUAAGACUAGUGAAGAACUGAAGGAGUCCUGCAUCCUUUUUUUUUUUUUUUUUAAUCUGCUUCUGUUUAAAAAGCCAACAUUCCUCUGCUUCAUAGGUGUUCUGCAUUUGAGGUGUAGUGGAAUCUUUGCUGUCCACCAGAUGUAAUGUUUUAGAUCCUUACAAAUAUUUCGGGAGGGAGGGUGCGCGAGACUAACUUUGAAAUUUUGAAACAGCAGCAGAGUGGAUUUUAUUUUUUGUUCAUUGUUGGUGGUAAACUGUAAUGUUUUUCUGUAACUAUUGUGAACACCUUGCUUUAUGUACACUGUAUUUUUUUUGAACAAGGGAGAAUAAUAUUGGUAGUCCUACAUGUCCCUGGCAUCUAUUCAGAGCAGUGUGCAAACUGUAAUGCUCUUUUGUAAGAAACGUUUUAUGAUUUUUAAAAUAAAUUUAGUGAACCUA